UUCUUUGACCAGAAGAAAAAAAAAACAAACAAACUUUGUUUUAGCUUUUUCUUCUUCUUCCUUCCUUCCUUCCUUUAUUCAAUGUCGUUGAACACAUCUCUCGAUACUUGACAACAUCUCUCACUCCUUCGUCUCUCUCUGUGUUUAGACUCACAAAUUUUGCGGUAGCUUCGUGAUUAGGGUUUUUGUUUUGUUCUCUCGGGAGAUAUGAUGAAAGCUUCGUUUGGAAGGUUAAGGAGAUUCGCAUUGCCUAAGGCUGAUGCGAUUGAUAUUGGAGAGCUUUUUCCCUCUGCUCAGGUUGAAGCUCUUUCUCGUGCCGCUAAGGAUAUGCAAGACAUGAGAGAAGGUUAUGAUAGAUUACUUGAGGUAGCUGCUGCAAUGGCUAAUAGCGCAUAUGAGUUCUCUGAAUCAUUGGGGGAAAUGGGUUCAUGCUUGGCGCAAAUCGCCCCUCAUAAUGAUCAAGAAACUGGUGGAGUUCUGCUAAUGUUAGGUAAAGUUCAGUUUGAGCUUCAGAAACACGUCGACACUUAUCGUUCUCAAAUAUUCAAGACCAUUACACGACCAUCAGAGUCACUUCUCAGUGAACUUAGAACCGUCGAGGAUAUGAAGCAACAAUGUGAAGAAAAGAGAGACGUCGUUAAGCACAUGAUUAUGGAGCAUGUGAAAGACAAGGUACAAAUUAAAGGCAGUAAAGGGGAAAGACUUAUUCGUCGCCAAUUAGAGACUGCCCGCGAUGAGCUACAAGAUGAGGCAACUUUGUGCAUUUUCCGAUUGAAAUCUCUUAAGGAAGGACAAGCUCGAAGUCUCCUCACACAAGCUGCCCGCCAUCACACUGCGCAGAUGCAUAUGUUCUUUUCUGGUCUAAAAUCGCUGGAGGCAGUAGAGCAACAAGUCAGAAUUGCUGCAGAGAGACAACACAUCGACUAUGAGCUAUCUGAUCAUGGGAACGAAAUGGAAUGUAGUGAGGAUAGUGAUGAUGACGAUGACCGACUUGUUAACAGAGAUGGAGAACUAAGUUUUGACUACAUAACAAGUGAGCAGAGAGUAGAAGUUAUAUCUACACCACAUGGAGUAAAUAAGAUGGAUGACACAGAUCUCUCGUUUCAACGUCCUUCACCUACAGGAUCAGCAGCAGUAAAUGCACAUCAUAGAGAAGAGCACCCAAUUUCAUACCGAGAUCGCAGAACAAGCAGCCAUUCAGCACCAUUGUUUCCGGAAAAGAAAUCUGAUUUAGCAGAUAGAUUGAAUAGACAUAUUACUCCAUCUGCAAAUGCUUACAUAUUACCAACUCCGGUAGAUUCAAAGUCCUCAUCAAUCUUCACGAAACCAGUCGCCCAAACAAGCCACAGUGCAAACUUAUGGCAUUCAUCACCGCUAGAACCGAUAAAGACCGCUCACAAAGAUUUGGAAAAUAACCUCUAUUCCCGUCUUCCUCGUCCUUCAGAACACGCAUUUUCUGGACCGCUUAAACCAUCCUCGACCCGUCUUCCAGUUCCAGUUCCGGCUCAGGCUCAUUCAUCUUCUCCAAGGAUGUCUCCUACCGCUUCACCUCCGCUUGCUUCUUCUCCACGGAUCAACGAACUCCAUGAGCUUCCAAGACCACCAGGUCAAUUUGCACCACCACGACGCUCGAAAUCUCCUGUUCUGGUUGGUCAUUCGGCGCCAUUAACAGCCUGGAACCAAGAAAGAAGCAAUGUAGCUGUGUCAACCAACAUUGUAGCAUCACCACUUCCGGUUCCACCACUUGUGGUACCGAGAAGCUUCUCUAUACCUUCUAGAAACGAGAGAGCCAUGGGUCAGCAGCCCUUGCCCGAGAGGAACCAACACAGAGUAGCCUCCCCACCGCCUCUGCCGCUAACUCCAGCGUCUCUGAUGAAUCUCAGAUCUCUGUCUCGGUCUAGAGUCGGGGAAGUUGCUCAUAGCGGACUAAUUAGAGGAGUAAAACUGACAGAACACUGACGCUGUAACGUCGCGUUUGAUCAAAACGUUAGUUGUAGAAAGAGACAGACCUACGAAGUAAAUAUAGAAGUCGAUAUUUUGUAAUUCUUUAGUUGUUGAAUGUCCUAAUUUAUUCUUAGGCUUCAGAUUUCUUUUUUUUUUUUUCCUUUUUAUUUCACUAUGAUACCAUUGUCAACGUAAAAAUUAGUUUUCACUUGAUUCUGGAGAAUAUGAUAAAAUAGAGUUUUUAGGUGAAA